UGAAGAGACAGCUUGUUGAAAAUUGAGUUCAACCGUGGUCGGGGUGCAUGGCCCUUUAAAUAUAUUACAAUUGCUAAAAAACCGAGUGUGCUUUAUUUGCGGUUUAUUGUAUAACUGUUACCAUGUGUGGAUUUUGAAAUCAGCUGGGUUAAAGAGCAAUACGACGAGCUUGAUUCAGGUUCCAGCUAGUCUCUUCUGUGUCACAGGUGCGUCAUACCGGGACGAUGAGUGAACUAGAACAGUUACGACAAGAGGCAGAGCAACUUCGCAAUCAGAUACGGGAUGCCAGAAAGGCUUGUAGUGACUCUACUCUUUCAGAGAUCACAGCUGGUCUGGACUCAGCAGGAAGGAUACAGAUGAGGACCAGACGUACUCUUAGGGGGCAUCUUGCCAAAAUCUAUGCCAUGCAUUGGGGCACCGACUCAAGGUUACUUGUCAGUGCCUCCCAGGAUGGCAAAUUAAUCAUCUGGGACAGCUACACAACAAACAAGGUGCAUGCUAUUCCUCUGCGCUCAUCCUGGGUUAUGACGUGUGCCUACGCUCCUUCGGGCAACUAUGUGGCCUGCGGUGGCCUGGACAACAUCUGUUCCAUCUACAGCCUGAAGACUCGGGAGGGCAAUGUUCGGGUUACCAGAGAACUUCCUGGACACACUGGAUAUUUGUCUUGCUGUCGCUUCCUCAGUGACACCCAGAUUGUCACCAGCUCUGGAGACACCACAUGUGCACUGUGGGAUAUCGAAACGGGCCAGCAGGCCACCAACUUCACAGGCCACACAGGUGAUGUGAUGAGUCUGUCACUCAGCCCAGACUCCAAGACCUUCGUAUCAGGUGCCUGUGACGCCUCCUCCAAGCUGUGGGAUAUUCGAGACGGCAUGUGCAGACAGACCUUCACCGGCCAUUUUUCUGACAUUAAUGCUGUCUGUUUUUUCCCGAAUGGAAAUGCCUUUGCUACGGGUUCAGAUGAUGCCACCUGCAGGCUGUUUGACCUGCGUGCAGAUCAGGAGCUCAUGAUGUAUUCGCAUGACAACAUCAUCUGCGGCAUCACCUCUGUGGCCUUCUCCAAGAGCGGCCGCCUGCUUCUCGCUGGCUACGAUGACUUCAACUGCAAUGUCUGGGACACGUUAAAGGGCGAGAGAGCAGGUGUCCUUGCUGGCCAUGACAACAGGGUCAGCUGUCUAGGUGUGACAGAUGAUGGCAUGGCCGUGGCCACAGGCUCUUGGGAUAGCUUCCUCCGUAUCUGGAACUGAGCCAGACAGCUGGACUUUUAAGGAGGACUGCACCAUCACUACAGGUCUCAUCUGUGAGAACAUGCCUUUUGUAUUCACACAUUCCUGUGAAGAGGCCCAGACUGACUCGACAGAGGUCAGCAGGAGGUUAUUGAGAAACGAUGGAGGCAUCAUUGUGCUUUAUGUACAUACGUAUGUACAGCAUAUGAAUAUAAAUAUGGUAUAUAUGUACAGCAGUAUGCACAUGUAUAUGCCAUAUAUAUAUGCUCACACAAUGGUAUUGUAUAUAUUUUUGUAGUUUGAUUGCAGCCUAUUAUUGCUGUUUUGUUUGAGACGCAUCAUUUUACAGUAUAUUUGAAUUUCAACAUAUUUUUAGCAGAUUCCUGUGUGCCAGUACCCUUUAGCACCUGCAUUCAUUUUAUUUAGGGUUUUUUUUUUUUAGAAAGCACUUUCUAAGAGCCAAUUUCCUCAAAAAUAAGAAUAAAGCACAGGUACUUUCUGAAUAGUUUAGAGAGAGGGUGGGGCAGGGCAGCGACUGUCUGGCAUAAGCAGCAGAAACGGCAUAAAGACUGUGCUUCAGUAAUAAUUUCUACCCAAUUCCUUUAGUGAAGGGGAAAAAAAAAUUUAGACCUUAUGAUACUAGAUGGCUUAAGGGCAUUAGGGACUUUGUGUGUAACCAGCAGCUAUGUAACAGAACAUUUCAUAAAAUGUUUGCUGCUGUGGUGUGUGUGGGUGGGUAUUUUUUUUAAUAUAAAAGUGCAAGUCCCUUAUUUUUCUCCCUGGAUUGAAACAAAUUGAGAACCUAGGAGUUGAAAUAUCUUGUAUUGCCUUGAUAUCAAGCAGUUCUGCACUGAUUUGGCCUGAGUUUCCCAAAAGCAUCGCAGCACAAAGAUAAUCGUUAAAUGGUAGAGCGAGCAGCACAAUGAACACACACACACUCCUAGUUAAGAUGCUCUUAGCGUUAAGAGGCUUUUGGGAAAUCCACCCAGUUCUAGAAGUGUACCAGGAUACUGCUGCCCUACAAACUCAAAUUCCAGCUCUAAUGUACAAACGCAUCAUGGCAUAAUAAAAGCUCGGAUUUUUGUGGCCAUUAUAAGGCAGAUAAUCUCAGACGCAAAUCAUCAUCAUUAUUAUUAUUAUUGCAGAACACAUUUUUUUCCCCUGCACUAUUGGUCAUUUCUUAUCUGCCCGAAAACCCAUUCAAACUUUCCAAGUGCUACUGAGACUCUGUAGAAAACCCCAGAAGACCCAGAUUGUUGCAGUGUAGGAUCAAUAAUCAGUCUGUUAGUAAUUAUAAAGCAAUCUGCGUUACUAUAGGCUGAAUGAACUAUGUUUAUUUGUUGGGUCGAGUUUGUAGCAUGGUUGGUUUUAGUUGUGAAACUAAAUUUAGGCUGCUGUUAAUGAAGAACACUAGAAAUGUAUUGUGCCGAAGGCGCUGUGCCUGUUUUUGCCUUCACUCAUAAACGAUGCAGUAUUUAAUUCUUUUAUCAGUUUGUACCAGCAGUAACCAAAGGAACCAAAAAAUUAAGUGUUCAUUUACACAUUUAGCCAUGUCCUUUGCAUUUCUUAGAAGUACAUUUGAUAAAGCCAGACCAUUUCAAUUUUUUUUUAAUUGCAAACCAGGCCUUUUGAUAAGCCUUAAUGUGUAAUCUUAGUUAAAUUCAUCAGAACAUUCCCAGUGUAUUUUACCCAUUUUUGUGCCAUUUGGUUUCUCAAUCAUUAAUUUUGUGUUUAAAAAUUGUGUGGUCAGCACACUGUGUUAGAAUGCAGUCACAUGUACAACCCUGGUGCUUAAAUGUGAGUAUGGCAGAGUGUAUUAUUGUUCCAAGUGUUUCAGUGAUGACCCAGUGGCAUUAACAGCAUUGCUGUUCCCAUCAUAAGGGUUUUUAAAUUUUUUUCCCUCCCCCAGACAAACUGUAUUAACACUGUAUUAAGACUGAAAUGAAAAGUGAAACAGGGAAUGGCCACUAAGCAGAAGUAGUUACCAGCCCCUGCUUUUUUUUUCCUUUUUUUUUUUUAAACCUUUUAAGCCAGUAAACACAAGGCUUUUGUGCCUUGAUAUUUUAUAGUGCCAUCAUGUGAACUAAUCAUUUAAGAGAUUUUCUUUUAUAGUAUUUUUUUUUUGUAUUUGUACAGUGGCUUGGUGAUAAUGGUGUUACUAUAAGUUGAUAUUGUAUUAAAUAAGACCUUUAACCAAA